AUGGAAGCCAGGAAACAACUGUGUUCUCUGGCCCGCAUGGCGCUCCCUGGCCUGGGCUUUGGUCUCACCUGCAUGGGGGCCUACAUGACAUCCCUGGAGCAAUGGGACAGCCGCAUCCUCAACGUGGUCCUGGCCUACAUCCUCAUCACCUGUGGCUUCCUCAUGCUCCUCACAGGUGUCUUCUGGGCCAUCUGCCACAACAUGAGACACAAGCGGCUGGUGCCGAACAGGAGGCACCCCAGCGCACACGUCCACGUCUACACAGUGGACAGACCCAGCUUCUUCCCCCCCUCCUAUGCCGAGUCCCAACACGCCUUCUCCCCCCGGCUCCCCGCGGUGGCCCCUGACGAGGAAGCCCCCUCGCCCCUCCAGGCCCCUCCUCUCUACACCCUGAGCAGCUCUGACACCCCCGACGACAGCUUCAACCACGACCAGCCUCCUCCCUACUCAGCGACGGACCCCCGGGGGCCCGCUAGACAGCAGGACCAGGGGGCUGGCUCACCCCACUGA